UCAACAUCGGUUGACUAGACAGCUGGACAGUAGAAGCGUGGUCGAUAUCGUACGUUAAGAAAACUUACAUUGAACCGAUAUUAAUUUAAAAUGAAUCCGAGAACGCAAACUAGGAGAAUACCCGAGGUAGAACCUAGAAUAGACUAUGUGCAAUGUGACGGAUUGGUAGUAAUGAAAAUGGUCAAGCAUUGUCAUGAGGAGUCGAUGAGUAAUAUGGAUGUUGCCCAAGGUGCUCUCCUCGGUUUAGUCGUUCAAAAUCGUCUUGAAAUAACGAAUUGCUUCCCUUUCCCGAAAAAUGACGAGAUCAUGGACGAAGAGGAAUAUCAGCUUGCCAUGAUGCGUCGUCUUCGAUGGGUAAACGUUGAUCAUUUCCACGUUGGAUGGUAUCAAAGUGCAGACGUUGGCAAUUUCCUAAACGUAUCUCUGUUGGAGUCACAGUAUCAUUAUCAAACUUCCAUCGAAGAAUCGGUAGUGCUUAUAUACGAUACGGCCAAGUCGGCCAGAGGUUUUCUUACAUUGAAAGCAUACAGGCUUACCCCGCAAGCUAUUCAGAUGUACAAGGAAGGAGAAUUUACACCAGAAGCAUUGCGUACUUUAAAGAUUGGCUAUGAAACUUUAUUCAUUGAGAUCCCAGUUGUAAUCAAAAACAGCAACCUGACCAAUAUAAUGAUGUCUGAAUUGGAGGAAAUGGUUCCAGAGGAGGAAGGAACCAAGUACUUGGAUCUAGGAACAGCUACAGUCUUGGAGAAUCAAUUGAGAUGUUUAAUGGAUCGCGUGGAUGAAUUGAACCAGGAAGCUAUAAAGUUCAAUAGAUAUCAACAAUUGGUUGUCCGGCAUCAACAGGAAAAGAACAGGCUCUUGGCCAAGAGAGCUCAAGAAAAUGCUGCCAGAGCGGCAAAAGAUGAGCCACCAUUACCCGACGAUGAUAUUAAUAAACUAAUAAGACCACUGCCUGUUCCACCCAGACUUAAUCCAAUGAUCGUAGCUGGACAGAUUAAUACAUACAGCGAGCACAUUUCACAGUUUUGCUCUCAGAGUUUAGCGAAAUUGUACAUUACCCAGAGCCUGCAAAAUGCCAAGGAAGCAAAGUCUUCUCAUUAAUUAAUUAUAAUUUAAAGAUUUGUACCAAUACGACAUUAAAAUUUGAUAAAACAAUUAUUAAUUAUAAAU